AUGAGCCGGCUCCUCAAAGGCAUCAAGAUGGCCUCCUCCCACAAGACGAAAGCACCUCCGCUGACGCAUUUCCUGUGUAUCCCUUUGGUGACUGCGGCGUCCCGACCUCAGCUGUCUCAGAGCAUCGCGUCCUUCCGAGAUGAUGUCACUCGGCCGAAAGCAUUGGGAGGGUUUGAACUCCCGUUCGAUGCGGUUCGCCCCGUAGGGACACUGCAUCUGACACUGGGAAUGAUGUCGUUCCCAAAGGACGAGGGCUUGGACAAGGCCGUCGAGCUGUUGAGGUCGCUCAAGCUGCGGGAGAUCAUGUCCAGCGUCAAGGCGCCAGUGAUGCCCGGGUCUUCGGGUGGGGAGGCAGGCACGGAUCAGCCGCAGCUGUUGAUCACCCUCAAGGGCCUGCACACCUUCCAGAAGGCCGACAAGGCCACGGUGCUCUUUGCGGCCCCGUCCGACCAGACCGGGGUGCUCCACGGGUUCUCGGAGAAGAUCAAGGCGCUGUUCAAAGAAGCCGGUCUUCUGGCCCCUGACGACCGCCCAUUGCUACUGCAUGCGACUAUCGUCAACACCAUUUACGUCAAGGGGAACCGGAAUAGCCACGGCAAGAAGAGGGGAGAUCGGACCUUCGUCGCUGACGGCCAGGCUAUUAUGGAUCGUUACGAAGACCAGGACAAGGUUGCCAUCUGCAGGAUGAGCGCCAAACCUAUCGAGGAGAACGGCACAGUAGUAGAUGCCGCCUACGAAGUUGAAGCUGAAGUUGAAUUUUGA